AUGAUUGAACAGAAAUUCAUGCCCUAUCAGAAUAUAACGGAUGCGCCAACGAGGCCAAUCCAAGAAAUUAGGGCACUAGGAAGACAAUUCUUUCCCUUUACGCCCUACCACUUUGAGCUUGCCAUGUCCCUUUACGACUGGACAACGCCGUCGUUUUCGCGCAUGGUGCUGUUCAAAAUCUUUCAGUACACCGGCAUCGACUCGGGGGUAGCAGCGCUGCCGCACCCUUUGGAUCGUGAAAGCCUCGCCGUCAACAUUUGGCAGAGCAACUUUUCCGUAUAUACACCCCAGGAUGCAGACUACAUGCGAGCCUUUUUGAUGCAGCCCGCACAUUCGCUCGACAACCUCACGGCCCAACUCGAAGAGGUCAUUGACCAAGUGUACAACUUUAGCGAGGUCGAGAAUCGCCUCGUAACUGCAGCCAUGAUGUCGAUGCCUCGGACGUCGUUCGCGUCGAAGCCACGGUUGUUCAGCGGACAGGUUGAUAUGGAGCAGCUUGGCGUAGAGCGGUUCGGCAUCGAGUUUGAAGAGUGUCCGCUGAACCAGGGCCCAGUUGGGGUCGAGCUGGCUCAUUCACUGCCGGAUGCU